AUGGGCUGUGGAGGGUCGACCGCCGCGAAGGACAAAGACAACUACAGAGGUGAGCACAACCACAAGAAGCCCAGACGACAAUGUACCGUCGGCACUGAAGAGGGUUGGGUUCAAGCAAAGGCUGCAGCGCCUGGUGUAGAUGAUUGGGCCAAGAACCCUAUCAUCAAGCCUCCCAGCUUCCUCAAUUGGAUCGUCGGAGAUCCCACCGUGCAACAAAUCGGUGACGAGAUUCAUAUGUGGACCAAUGGAGCGCUUGCAAACAUUCAACACUACGUGGCGGAUGCCAAAGAUCCUACAAAUUUCAAGCAGCUGGAUGAUUCGAUCAGCGGCUUUGGGACUGUACGACCCUAUGCCUACCUCGAUGAAGCCAAGCAGACUGUAACUUUGUUUUACGAGAAGUACGAGUUCCCAUAUAUUUUUGCGAGCAAGAUCAUGUGUGCUGAAGCAGAGAUCGGAAAGUGGGAGUUCAAGAAUUACACCCCAAUCCUGGAAGCUGAGCUUGAGUGGGGGAAGUAUGGGCAAGCAAGAGUUGGCAAUCCUUUCGUCUUCUACAACGCCGUGAAAGGAAAGUACUGGCUCUACUACUCUGCAAGUGAGAUCCACCUGGAGGACGCCAAUGUGGACGAACCUUUAAAUCUGGGCCUUGCAGAGUCGGACAACCUCACCGGCCCCUACAAGCGCCUCGUGACGGAGCCGCUGGUCAUCCCCAACGAGUUCCCAGGACUCUUCAUCAAGGGUCAUGGAUCUUUGAAGAUGGUCAAGGUGCCCAGUGCAGACAUCGACCAACAUGGUGUAGGUGUUGCCGUUUGCAACAGGCUUACAUACAAUCCAGCGACCAAUCAGACUGGCAGCACUUUGUCUUUGUUGCGCACCACGGACGGUGGCUUCUCGUGGAAGCCGGUGAUCUCCAAGUUCAUUUGUCCUACCUUGGAAGAGAACAGUUGGAAAGAGGCCUUCUGCUAUGGCUUUGAUACGAUCCAAAAUCCAAAUGAUCCCGAGUCGAUCUUGAUCUACUACAACGCACGCAAUGGUUGGAAGGAUGCGAUGGAGCAAGUGGGUGUCUCUCGGUUUCCCUUGGAGAUGGUGGUCGAUGCGAGGAAGGGCAACUCCUGCUGA